AUGAUCUCCAGAACGGAUGAGAGUCGAGAGUCCGCGGCCAACUUCCCCUCUGUCAUCUCCGAGGAUUUUCUCAAGGCAUCUAUCGAAACGGACUGGUCUGGUCAUUCCGCGCGAUUCGGCUGGCACUGCGGGCCUAUUGAUAUCAUGAAUGCGCCAUUCAACGACGAUCCGUGUGUCUCUAAGGUCAACGCAAUGGUUUGCAUGAUCCUCGGUCCGAGCAGACGUGCCUGCGGCACGUGCAUUGAGGUCGAUGCUGGUGCAGAGCAGCUUCGCCAGCACAUGGAGCAAACGCACAAUACUCAUCUCACGGCCCUCAGCCUUGCCAACACCGCCGAGGCUGAGGAAGCGACUGGGCAGCGCUCAUUGAUUCAGUUCGUUAUUACUGGCAGAUGGCGUACCAUGAUGUUUGAAAAGGAGCCAGGCGUUGGCCCGGCAAAUGGUCCUCUACAGAAGCUCUGUGACUUCUUCGAAAGCAAGGCUCGUAACGAUGAUGUGUUUGCUUGCAUAUGGGGACGCCAAUUUCAUCGUCGCGAGGAACCUGUUUCCGUGCUCGGCAAGCGCAGCCGCAACGCGGAUGCUCCACUGCCAGACCUGCCUUCUUCGAAGGAGGCAGACCGGCCUGCUCCAUGA